GAAAUUAUACAAUACAAAAUAACACAUUUUUCAGUUAAUAUGUAAAACUCUGAUUAUAAGGUGAAGAAAAAAAUUAAAAUCGGACUUAAGAUACAUUAACACCCUUCAAGGAUUAAAAUAUUUUGUCCAAAAUUAUAAAAAUACAUGUUUUUAGGAAAUAUGCCUGUAAAAAGUGAAACAAAACAAAUAUAUGUAAUAUUAAAAUAUCUGAUAAAAAAAGAGCUCAAAAAAAGCUUUGUUAUAGGGUUGCAUAUCAAUCAAAGUUUUAAUUAGUGUAGCGGAAUGUCUCCAGUAAUACAUAUACUCCCUAAACAAGAAAGAUUUAGUCCGAGAUUAAAUGAAUUAAAUUUUGAAGCAUGACGGAAUAUGCAAUGCAUAAUAAUAAAAACGGUGCCUUAUCCUCUGACACCGACCGACCAACAUACAGUCACAUUUCUUGCGGGACGAAUUUCAGUAGAGAAAACUUUAAGGAUUUGUGGGAAUAUAAAGAGAGGGAUGAGAAAUGUGGUCGUGAAAUAAAUAGAUCACUUAAUUCUGUACCUAUUAUAGAUAAUCAUAGUUAUUCAUAUAACUAUUUGGACUGCUAUAAAGGGGAAGAUCCCCACGAUGUUACGGUGGACGACUGGGAUGGUGUGGAGAGCUGGGACAGUACUACUGUUGUCGCAGUUGAAUACAGUUUUGAAUAUUCAAACCCAAGAUGUACCUCCUCCAAAUUAUUGCCUAUGUUACCAGUUAAGCAAAACAUUUCUAGAAAACCGCAACUAAGUUCUGAAAUGGACUUAAAAAUACAAGGUAUGUGCAUAAAAAGAGAAAAACGCAAUGGUGUCUGCAUGGCUAAAACGAAUAAAGCUGUAAAUUUACAUGGUAGUAAAUGUAAUGAAAAUCAAGAUUUUGAGUAUUCAUCGAAUUUCUUAAAAAAUAGAGGCGUAGCGGCACCAUCGCGGGCAUUGCAGCAAAAGUGCGUAUACUCACACCAAGGUUUAUUUGGAUUUACCACAGAUCCCGAAGAUACAAGAGAUCUACUGAAAAGCAACCGAAGCACAGACCAACUCGGCGGGGUUAGUGUAGGGUCCGGUACAUGCGCUUGGAGGCAAACAAUGAGACCAUAUACCUCCAUGUUGCCUUUAGAUUAUAAUGAUUACCAAGCAUGCUCCUAUAACGCAGAUAGUCUCUCAACCUAUAGUGAUACCUCAUCGACUAAUCAUGAUCAAUUAAAACUACAACAGCAGAGAAAAAUCUCUUUAAUGAUGGCGAUGACAACAGCUUCUGUGAUAGCAUCCGGUGAGACUAGAAUACCGGUUGAAUCUAAGCAUACUAAAAAACCAACUCACAACCACACAGACUUUCUUCUAGACAAUAGCAACUUCAGCCAAAAAGGAAUUUCGGAAAGGUUGCUUGAGCCAGACAUCUACAGCAGGGGAUCUCAUCCGCAAAGUGAUGUUGAAGCAGUCGAAUACACUAUUACAGUCGCAGAUUCGACGAAUCCAAAGACUAGAAAAUUGCCAAAACUUUUACCAGCACCACAGUAUAAAUCACCACUUCAUACACCCGUUUCUACUGUUAAAAAAAUGGAUGCUUUAAAUUCAACAUUAUACUCGUCUUGUCCGAUAACAGAGAAUAUCCACCGCGCCAAGCAGCUACCAAAGUUGCCAAUUUCUAUAAACCAAACCAUAUCUCACUCAAUAUCAUUAACUUCUCCCAUAAAUUCUGUUAAAGUGGCUGGUACAGAAACGGAACCAUUAUUGGUGUCCUUAAAAAAUUGUAGCAUAGAAAAUAAUCCUCUGAUUUGUCAUGACUCAAAAGAAUCAAAAAAUAUGGUUAAUUUACAAUGGAUUAAUGAGGAACGAAUUCCAUCACCACUAACAUUAGAAUUAAGCCAAUCAGUUGAAAGCUUAUUUAAAAUUAAAAACCCUUCCUCACCAACAUGCAAUUCCCUAAAAGGAGAAGCUAAAAAUGUAGUUAUAGACCUCGAUUUGCAAGAAACGUAUCUAAGAAGUCAAUCUAUUCUAGAACCUAAAAAAACGCCCAAUACUGAGCCUGAAGAAGUCUUCGACAAUAUUACUGAAUAUUUGAAGCCUUAUAUUUUAGACACAAGUUUUUCAUUAGAACAACAAUUUCAUGACGACACUAUUACUAGUAAUAUCGAAUACAAUUACCCGAAAGGUCGAAACAAUUCAGUCGAAGGUAUUCUUAGAAAUUCUGAGGAGGCUACUGCUUACGUCAAUUACGAUUUUCCUGAGAGUUUUCCGGAGAAUAUAGUUUCUACAUCAACAAGCUUGUGCUUAACUCAAAAUGAGCCAGUUCAUCAACUAAUGGUCUGUACUUCAAUAGAUGGGGUUUCUUCUGAUAGUAAUAAAGCCCAAAUUAAUCCGAUUGUAAUGCAAUUCCCCAUAAGAUCUCCGCACGACAUAAGUGUAUCUACGGUUUGUAAUAGCAAUCAGAACGCGUUUACAAAUAAUGCCUCAGCCAUGGCAGAAGUUGCUAGCCGAGAUGUUUCGCCAUCUCCUUCCACACUUACGUUAACAUCACCAUCUUCAGUAGCUCCAAUAUUAUCUUACAGUGAAUAUAUGAAACAAUUUGAAUUACCAGAUUUGCCUCAACCUAUCAUUCCACUAUCAUCGCCUGUUGAUAAGAGUGACUCGGGACCUACAUCAAGCGUUGGUACUUCAACAAAGGUUUAUAGUAUGCCUGAUUGUAACCUGAGUGAAUUACCAACAACACCAUGUAAGGAAAAUGUAUCAACUAAUCACAUUAAAGAUUUUCGAACGCCAAGCCAAGAGCCCCAAGUCAACAAUUACAAAGAGGAUCCACCGAAUAGUGUAUCACUUAUACCAAAUACCACCAUUGAAUGUUCAGUAGAGCCGAAAACAAGCACUAUUCCCAUGACAGACAGGGAUGUGAUUCUGUCACAAACUUUAUCAUUCGACGACUCGUUUUACGACAGUUUUAAUGUCGAUCUUAAAAAACUGACGGCAUCCAUUGCCGAUACGAAUAUCGAAACCGGUUUAUUUAAAAAUACUCACUUGACUGAGGAUUGUAGUAUAGAUUUUUAUUCGAGAGAACCUAAUGAAUUUAGUAUUGAGCCAAGGGACUUAAAUCAGAACCUCCAAACUCGAUUCCAUGAAGAUAUUCCGCCACAGUCAAAUAUUUCGACGUUUUCAAAUGAUCCCAUUCAACAAGCAAAUAUAGCCGUUACAUCUACGGCACAAAAUGUAUUGGGUGAAUUUUCAAAAGGUUUUAAAGGUGGUUCAGAUGGAGUAUUAAACAGUGACGCUUUAACUGUAGAUGUUACAGCACAGGUGAACAGUAAAAAAGUUUUUGGUUUCAACUUAUCAUCAAAACUAAUUCCCACUGUUAACGAGUUACUCUACAAUUCCAACCCAAGCGAAAAUAAGCAAUCAGCUUCAGUGCCAAAAUUUACAGAAACUGAAAUAAUUUUGAACCCUACUUCUAAUUUUAUGGAUUCCAAUGUAUCACCUAUUUCUUAUGAUCAUAAAGAGCAUAAUUUUUAUUUAACAGAAGUUCCGAAUUUUCCUGUAGAGAAUAAAGUUUAUAACAAUGAGACAAUGUCGACAAAUUCCACUAUUGAAAAACAGAAAGACAGCAUCGAUGAAAGCUGCAAUGCUAUGACUUUGAGUAGGAAAGCGAUUCAGCAAAAUCAACAAAAGCUAGUAUAUCGUACAGAUGUAAAACAAAAUGAAAUAGUUACAGACUAUGAUAUUUCUUAUAUAGAAAAUGAUAAUGAGUAUGAUUUGAUACAACCAAAAGCUACAAAUUCACAUAUUAAACAUCAGAUAACGAAAAAAAAUAACACGACAGGUAGCAUGUUUGGAUCUAUUUUUGGAAAAGCAGCUGCAGCUGUUCAAACAGCUACCCAAGUGGUGAAUCAAAGUGCAUCCUCCGUAGCUUUAGCUAUGACACAGAAACAAUCCUUAAACACAUUAAGUGUAAUUGAAUCACCAAAUGUAGUUGAGCCCUCAAACUUGACAAGCUCAAAUAAAUUAAAUGCAAUGAAUUUUGAAUAUAAUGAAUAUUCCAUGAGCAAUGAUGUUGCUAUUGUUACCGAUUUUACAAAUAAUGGGAAUAAUUAUGAGAAUAUUAAUGUUCAAUACGCUUCAGAUUUAGAUAAAAAAUCACUGUCCUAUUUAGGUACCAAUGGUAAUCAGACCCAGCUCGGCUCGGCUAUUUCUGGGAAAUUAAAUGAAAUUGGAAAUGCUUCGAAAUUAUUACCUAAGGUGCCUUUACCAUCCAUCAGUAAAAAACUUCCAAUAAUUAAUGGUAAGUUGGGGUUGCUCACAAAGCAACUGCCAACUGAGAUAUACGAAGACGAAUUAGAUAUCGAUGAAAUAGAAUUAAAUACAAUAGGAAAAGACACGAGGUUUUGCAUGGAGAGUGAGCAUGAUAAUUACUCCAUGAAACUUCGGCAGACCCCCUCCCAUCAAUCGAACAGUUAUUAUGAACCCAAUAAUAGCAGUUAUGACUAUCGAGAGGAUUAUUUUAAUGAGGAGGAUGAAAAUAAAUAUCUCGAGCAACAAGACCAGAAGAAAAAAGAACCAUUUCAUGUUCAGCAGAUGGAUCAGUCUGAAAGUGUUUUUUUAAGUGAGCAACCAUCAUCAGCAUCAGAAUUUAUUACUGAAGAACGAGAUACUGAAUUAAUAUACGAGAAUUAUCAAAGUGAAGAAGAAAGUUUAACUUAUUUAGAUGAAAGUUCUAGUGGUAGUGUUGAGCCCAUUGAAGGUAAAAAAAUGUUAAAAAGGACGCUUGGAGAUCAGAAGGAUUCGAAUGGAGAAACUUCGACAAUUAAUAGAAAUAUUUCUCUACAAAUAUUGCCAUCGUUUCAACAAGUUCAAGACAAUGAAAUAAUUUUUGAUGAUUCAAAGUUAAAUCGAAGCCAAGAACAAAUUUGCAUGGACUCAUUUGAAAAAUUUGAAGAACUAAAUGAUCAGCUUUCCGAUCUUUCUGAUUUAAGAAAAAUUACUUCAACCCGAAAAAAACCUCUUAUACGGGGUGAAACCGAAGAAGUUGUUGGUGGACAUAUGCAAAUUAUACGCCAUUCUGAAGUUACUGCUAAACAACGAUGGCAUUGGGCUUUGAAUAAAGUCAUAUUACAACUUAACUGGUGUUGGAGAUGUUGGAAUACGGACAAAUGGACAUCCUGGAGACAACCCCUUUUACAGUAACAUUGACAGUAUGCCUGAUAUACGUCCUCGAAGAAAAUCAAUUCCCCUUGUUUCGGAACUGGUGCUCAAGACCAUGGCCGCUACAAAAAGAAACGCUGGACUGACAUCCGCCGUCCCACGAGCAACACUAAACGACGAAGAGUUG